AUGUUACUCAAAAUGCAGCCGCCCAGCUCGGAUCCGAUCCCUCUUGACGUCGUUUCGGAGAUCCUCGACCACGUCGAUUACAGAACCUUGAAAACCUGCGCAUUUCUCUCAGCAUCUAUCCUCCCUCUCUGUCACGAUCGCCUUUUUCGAAAAAUCGAUCUGACCUACAUCACGACAAUCAGAUCAUACCUCAAGCUUUAUGCGGUCCUUCACCAGCGCCCGAAGAUCUCCCAAUACGUGAAAUCUCUUCACAUUCACACUGGCAAUAUUCACGGUUACCUGGGCUUUCCAUGUGACGACCCCAUUUUGUUCAAUACGUUUUCUGCUGCGACAAAUCUUAAACACCUUUUCGUCAAUAUUUCCGCCCUUGAAGCUUACCAAUGGCAUUCUCAUGCCACAGUGGCUCUACUUUCUAGCCUUCUCUCAUUGCCUGGGGUUACGUCCGUCACAUUUUCUGGAUGGCAUGGUGGAACCCAAAUUCCACACAUUCCGAUUUCUCUACUCGAAGUUCCGGUAUCUCUAACGAGCCUUACCUUAGAAAGACUUGAAUUAUGGGGAUGUUUGCAUACCAACGAAGGCCAUUUGAGGGGGAAGCCCGUCAGACCGUCUUCUAUCUCCAUCAUCGGAUGUAGCAAUUUCACUUUGAAGCAGCUCUUCCAGUUAUCGACAGACCCACACUCGCCGUUGGACCUCUCAUCUUUGAAGAAGAUGACUGUUUCUCCGGAGUCAAACUCCCACUAUGACGAUAAAAUUACUGAGGAUUUUUUUCGCCACGUAUUUUAUUCUCUUGAGCAUCUCACUUGGAAGAUUUCUUAUUGGUCUGGCACAAACUGUGGAUAUCUUGAACAUGUUGACAGCCGUCAUCUUAUCCACCUUCGGGAGUUUAAUAUUGGAACUUCGUUCGCUCAGCAUCCUGCAAUGACGAAGGAUUUGGUUUCUGCACUUUCCGUGUUCAUCGGGCAUAUCCCAGAAACAACCUCAUUCGAAAAGUUCAGUUGGUAUCACCACGUCAAUGAUCGUUCAUGGGAUCGUGUCGAUGAGCUGGAAAACUGGGCUCUUGAUGAGUGGAAAGAGAUGAGUAGAAUUGUCUCCCUCCCAAGGAUGGAGUACGUCAAAAUGAACGUAGAGAUCAAUUUUUCGUACAUGGAUAGGAACACUGUGCUGGAGUUCGAACGGAAGGUACGCGACCUCCUUUCAAAUGAAGGCCGCCUAUCACACCAGAUUACGUUGAAUACUUCCACAAACUCUCGCUCGUAUUCCCGUUCCCUCCUUACAAUUAGUGCAGACCAGCGAACAGAAAACGGGUCGAUGGAAGGACAAGCUCAGAUGGAAAGGGAAUCUGUAGGGGAACAAACGAGGGUUAAGUGGUCCGUUACUAAACGGCUCAAGCGAUUUUUUCUUUCUUCCUCUCUUUUCAGAAAGAAAGGUCCUAGGUAG